CAAGUGCGAGUGAAAUUCUUACAUAUCAAGUGAGUUUUUAUCAAAUUUUAAUUGAAUUAUCGAAUAUUUUUACGAACUAUAGUUCAGGAAGAUAGAGAGUGCAUUUAACAAAGAGGUUAAACUAUACAUAUAACACAACUUCACAGCUUUAGCCGGAGCAACAUACGAUUUGACCGUAGCCGCGAUGUCGUUGGACUUGUACUACUGCAGCACCAUCCCCGGUUGCCGGGCUGUGCUCAUGGUUGGAGAGGCUUUGGGGCUCACAUUCAACCUACAUCCUUUGGAUGUACACAAUAAAGAACAUCUUCGUCAGGAGUUCAUUGAGGUCAACCCUCUGAAGACUGUUCCUUUACUGAAACACGAAGGACUAGUGUUGUUUGAAAGCCACGUCAUCUGCACGUACCUCAUCAACAAGUUCGGCAAGGACGACUCCCUGUACCCAAAGGAUCCUGCCUCGCGUGCCAAGGUCGACCAAAUCCUGUACUUCGACAGCGGCACUUUGUACAAGAACCUCAUCAACUGCCUUGACCCAAAACACCCGAAGUGCGCCUACAUUAAGGCAAGAGAAUCCUUGUCAGUGAUCAACAGACAGCUGGGCCAGACGCCGUACGCAGCUGGUGACCAAAUCACUGUAGCAGACUUCGCUCUCGUCGCCACCAUCUCCACAGCGGAGGCCGUCCAGCCCGACCUAUCCAGGCACCCAAACAUCGUAACGUGGUUGCGCAAAUGCAAGAGCGUGAUCCCGGGGUAUGAGCUGCACAAUGAGCCUGGAGUGCAGCAGUUCGCUAAACUUUAUCAUAGCAAGAAACAGAAAGAUGGUUCAGAGGUCAAUGAUAAGAAUAAGUCCGGUGUUUAAAUAAAGUAUUUCUAAAACAGGUUUAGGCUACUCGUAUGUAUUGGAAACGUGCGCGAACCCAUGUUUGUUUCGCUGUAUAUUUUGUGACAAUUUUUGUUUCUUUCGCUAUUAUUUAAUCGGUAAUUUAAUCGUCAGUAUUCAGAUUCUAGGAUAUGAUUGAGGUGAAAAUAUCAUUUGUAUUUUUAACCGUCCACUAAUUAUAAUCCAGUUGAGCCUAAGUUAUUUAUUAUUGACGGCAAGCCAACUUCUUAUGCUUUAAAAUUAAUAACAGAAACUUUUUUACUAUGUUGUCAUUUAU